UGUACCCGUGUACCGAUCCCUCACAAGAAGGGAAGGCCCACCAUUAAUAAAAGAAUCGUGGAUCCCCCCACUCCCCUUCCCAUUGUGACGGCGUCGGUACGAGUAGCAUGCUCUUACCAGAAAUUGUUGGUUUGCGUGCUUUAUCGCUAGCAGUUAAUAGUCUUCCUUUCAACACCAUACUCCACCCCCACCCCGACGCUCUCCCUUUAAUUAUAAGCUCCCAAAACCUGGUAUAUCAGUAGAUUAUUGAAGCAAGGUUGUGGAAUUUACCAAGAAAUAAGGCAUGGCAAACUCCACUCAGUUGAAAUCCGAAGCCCUCAUGGAGCAAAUGAAACUCCAUAUGUCAACUGACGCAGGCAAAAAGCUUGUUGAAAAAAUUGGCUUGGUUUAUCAGAUCAACAUAGCCCCCAAGAAAAUUGGAUUUAACGAGAAGUCUUUUGUUGUUGAUCUGAAGAAAGGGGAAGUUAAGGAAGGGCCAUACGAGGAUGGGAAGCCUGAUGCUACCUUUUCGUUUACUGACGAUGAUUUUCUUAAGGUUGCCUCUGGGAAGAUGAAUCCUCAAAUUGCAUUCAUGAGAUGUGUUGGAUGGAUGCAGGGGUGCUAUGAAGAUAAAAGGGAGCUUAAGUGCGGCCCAAAAAUUUACACCAGAUAUUUUCCCCAAACCCUCGAAGAUGUGAGCGGUCAGGUCACAAUGUACUAGAUUAUGUUCUAGCCAAAAUUUCACACAUUGUUUAGCCGUUUAGGAAGAUAGCAAUGUUAUCAAGUCUGCUCUUGUAUAAGAUGAAAUGGAUGUUUUCUUGUGUGUCUUAGUACUCGAAUGAAGGCGUGCUUUUUAUGAGGAUUUCAAGACACUGAGCCCAUUGAAAUAAAUACUGUCAUUGGUUUAUGUGUUUCUAGCUGGUGUACUUAUGCAGAAAUUGGCUGAUAUGGACAUAUGGUCUCCUUUACAUAUUUUGUGGCAUUCUUGUCUGAGGUCUAAAGUCAAUUUGGAUUAGACAGUUGUUGCUGGUGAUAAUUCUUAUUGAUCCUUGUUUUACAGAUUUGGGAAAAGCCUAUUCCUUAA